CUCCAGCCGUCACAGUACCCAGUCGUAAUUCUUUUCCGCUUCCACGUGCAGGGAAUCCUCCAAGUCGUGAUCUGCCUGAAAACCAUGAACUCUUUCGGGAACUUUCAGACAUGUACCGAAAUAGUGAUGCAAACUUUCUGGAGCAACAGAAUUAUCUUGGACAUAGAAACAUACCCUCACAAGAUAUCCUCAGCAUGAUUAGUGGAGUGCCUCAUGAUGAUCAGGAGCUGGACCCUUAUGAUUCAUCACCAGACUUUUUCAACGAGUUCCAGAGGGAUCAAGAAAACUCAUCACUGGAAGAGCUUCAAGAGUCUGGCCAUGCUUAUGGAAACUUUGAAGAAGCUGUGGGCAAUGUAGGAGUUGUGGGCGCGGAUGCCCAUACUCCAAAUGCUCCAGCCGUCACAGUACCCAGUCGUAAUUCUUUUCCGCUUCCACGUGCAGAGAAUCCUCCAAGUCGUGAUCUGCCUGAAAACCAUGAACUCUUUCGGGAACUUUCAGACAUGUACCGAAAUAGUGACGCAAACUUUCUGGAGCAACAGAAUUAUCUUGGACAUAGAAACAUACCCUCACAAGAUAUCCUCAGCAUGAUUAGUGGAGUGCCUCAUGAUGAUCAGGAGCUGGACCCUUAUGAUUCAUCACCAGACUUUUUCAACGAGUUCCAGAGGAGAGUGACUCAUGAUGAUCAGGAGCUGGACCCUUAUGAUUCACCACCAGACAUUUUCAACGAGUUCCAGAGGAGGGAUCAAGAAAACUCAUCACUGGAAGAGCUUCAAGAGUCUGGCCAUGCUUAUGGAAACUUUGAAGAAGCUGUGGGCAAUGUAGGAGUUGUGGGCGCGGAUGCCCAUACUCCAAAUGCUCCAGCCGUCACAGUACCCAGUCGUAAUUCUUUUCCGCUUCCACGUGCAGGGAAUCCUCCAAGUCGUGAUCUGCCUGAAAACCAUGAACUCUUUCGGGAACUUUCAGACAUGUACCGAAAUAGUGAUGCAAACUUUCUGGAGCAACAGAAUUAUCUUGGACAUAGAAACAUACCCUCACAAGAUAUCCUCAGCAUGAUUAGUGGAGUGCCUCAUGAUGAUCAGGAGCUGGACCCUUAUGAUUCAUCACCAGAAUUUUUCAACGAGUUCCAGAGAGUGACUCAUGAUGAUCAGGAGCUGGACCCUUAUGAUUCACCACCAGACAUUUUCAACGAGUUCCAGAGGAGGACCCUGUAUCCAGUUCAUCAGAACUAUGAGGCAGUGGAUGAUUUUCCUAAUCCAGUUUUUGCUCGGGCCCGCCGGGAUGGCCUGCAAGAUGACGAACAAUACCCUCGUUCAACAAGUUAAAGCAAUAACUGCAAUGAGUGGCCGGGCCCAGGGACAGAUAACCCAUGAUUAUACGAGGGACAGCCUAGACCAUUUUCUAGAGGAAGGACACAGGGCCUCUGUGAAGACACCGAAUGAAAUGCUUCGAAACGCUGGCUUCUCCGAG